UCCCUGAGUUGAGGAGGAUGAACUGAGAGGCCGAACGCCAGCAGCUGUAUGAGUGAGUAACAACGGCAGGCAGAGAGGGGCUGUGUGAGGGAAAAGAGGACCAUAUCUUAAGUACAGGUUACCAUAGUAGUCUCUUCACUAACAUUUUGUCAGUUUUUCAUUCAUAAAAAAAGAGAGGAAGAAAGAAAGAAAGAAAGUAAAUAACAGUUGUCUUUACCAGGUUAGAUUUGUUUAGGUUUCCAGAAAUCUAAUUUGUCAUAAAUUUACCAGAUUUUUAUAUUUUUGACAUCUUUGCAGAAAAAAAAACUAUUCUAGACAUUUUAUACUACACAUUGUAUUUUUAUGCUUUAGAUCAUCACCAUCCUUUCAUGAGUAGACACAGGUUUAUUGUAGUCACAUUAUGCUGCCACCUUAAAAACAUUACAUUGAACUGUAAUUUGUCAGAUUUAAUCUGUCAUUUGUUGUAUUUUAGACUUUUGAAUCAUAUUUUAGUGAUUUAAACUGAUUUCAAGCCAGGAAUUGAAGAGGUUUUGAAUAUUUUAGAUAUAAAAUAUAAAUGUACAUUGAAUUGGAGAAAUGUCAGUUUAGUCAGUAGACUGGAUUGCUGUGUUCACGUCAUUAUGCUGCUGGCUUUGCUGCUGGUUCUGAGCCUUUGCUCUGAUGCUGGUUCCUCCAACACUUCAUCAAUAACCAUCCAGUACCGGGUCUGGGAGGAGCAGCCAGCUGGAACCCGGGUCGGUCGUCUGCUGGAUGACCUCCGACAAAGGGAUGAGGUUGGUCCUCUGGAAGAUUUCCAGGUUGUAGAGCAAGGGAAAGCCCUUCCCUUCUCCGUCAGCACUCGAGAUGGGAUUGUGUCUACCCAUGGCCGGCUGGACAGGGAGGAGCUCUGCCGGGGGUCUGACCUGUGUGAGCUGGCCUUCAGCGUCCUGUACAGAAAAAGUGGAGCCGUGAACUGCCUGCGGGUUCACGUGGAGGUGAUGGACUUGAACGAUCACAGUCCCAGCUUCCCCAGCCCCCUGCAGGAGUUGGAGAUCUCAGAAACAGCAGCACUGAGGAUGAGAAUCCCACUGGACCGGGCCGUGGAUCCUGAUGCAGGGCCAAAUGGACUUCAGACCUAUUCAUUAUCUCUCAACCAACACUUCGCUUUGGAUGUGACAGUCGCACCUGGAGGUACAAAACAAGCAGAGCUCGUGGUUAUCAAAGAGCUAGAUCGAGAGGUUCAGGCCUCCUUUGAUUUAACCCUUGUUGCAUGGGAUAAAGGGAACCCCCCAAGGUCUGGUAGCACAUUAAUUCGCAUUAAUAUCCAGGACUCAAAUGAUAACAACCCAACAUUUGAGGAUAGCACUCCAACUGUGGAGCUCUCUGAGGAUACAGAUCUUGGGACAAUUAUCAUCAACCUCAAGGCCACAGAUCCAGACCAGGGUGCUAAUGGGGAGGUGGAGUAUUCGCUCAGUAAGCACACUCGUCCAACGACUCAGAAGCUCUUUCAUGUGGAUCCAGAGACUGGAGCUGUAAGUGUCAGAGCACCUCUGGACUAUGAGGCUGAGAUUUCUCAUGAGGUGAUCGUACAGGCCCGAGAUAGAGGACCCAAUGCAAUCCCUUCACAUUGCAAGCUGCAUGUGAAGCUACAAGACGUCAAUGAUAACGCACCAAGGAUCCAUGUGACCUGGACCACACAAAACUCACCUGGGCCAACUGUGUUGGAGAGCGUGCCACCGGGCACCUUCGUUGCUCUGGUGAUUGUGUCCGAUGCAGAUUCAGGAGAAAAUGGGAAAGUAGGUGCAGUCAUCAAGGAAACAUCUAGCCCUUUCCAUCUUGUACAGAUCCAUGGUGACAAUUAUAAAAUCAUAACCAGCAACUCACUGGAUCGAGAGAAAGUUAAACAGUACAACAUCACCCUCAUAGCCCGGGAUUUUGGACGUCCAUCUUUGACUUGUGUUAAACACCUGUCCAUCCAUGUUCUGGAUGAGAAUGACAAUGCACCAGUGUUCUCCACCUCUAUGUAUAAAGCUUCUUUUGAUGAAAACAACGUGGCGGGCUACCAUGCUCUCAAAGUUGAAGCUCAUGAUGACGACUUAGAUCUUAGUGGAAGAGUGUCCUAUUUUAUGCACAAACCCAAUGACCACCCAUUCUCUAUCCAUCCAACCAGUGGUGUUAUAAGUGUUCAGCGUCCACUGGACUACGAGGAAUCCAACACCUACUCUAUCAUAGUUGAGGCUGUUGACCAGGGUCAUCCUCCUUUAACCAGCACUGCCACCGUACAAAUUGAUAUCCAGGAUGUGAAUGAUAAUUACCCCAUUAUUAAAGAGCCAAAAUCCAGAAAAGGUGUGGCUUCUAUAAGUGUUCCUGUCAAUGCAGAUAAAGGGGAGAUUGUGACUGAGCUUGGAACUGAGAUUGAAGAGAUAUCUUUGCAAAACUUUAAAGAGGGACUUGUAGGAUUCCUGGCAUCCACAAUUAAAGCCGAAGACCCAGAUUCAGGGCUCAAUGGAGAACUUCGCUACCUCAUCAGUAAUGGAAAUCAACAAGGACUAUUCUAUUUGGACGAAACCACUGGCCAUCUGUUUGUUAACACCACAAAUGCGACAGAGCUCAUUGGGAAAACUUUUAAAAUGGACAUUUCUGUAUCCGACAUGGGCACUCCAAGACUAGCCACCAAGGCAACAAUCGAAGUGACGUUCAUCAAUCUGAAAGAUCAUCUGAAGAGUUCUUCACCAGGUAGCCGGGGUCAACUCAGCUUCACCAUGAUGAUGGCGAUCUGUUUAGGGGCAACAUGUCUUCUAUUGCUGUUGGUGGUUGCCUCAGUGACAACGUUUUGUCGACCAGAAAAACGGGACACCAGAGCAUACAACUGCAGACAGGCUGAGUCGACCUACACCCGGCACCCACGGCGUCCACAGAAGAACAUCAGAAAGUCCGACAUUCAGCUAAUUCCUGUCAUCAGGGGGCGUAAGGAGGAGCCUCCAGAGAACAACAGUGAGGCCCAACCACUGGCACCGCCUCCAGUUAUGUCAGAGGAUCACGAAAAUGAGAAAAAAUAUACUUUGAUCCCAUCGGUGUUGAAUACAAGCUUCCAUUCUCAAGGCUACCAAGAGGUGGAUGCUGCUCAUCACUCUAGAACACUUCGGAAACCAGGAAACAUUGAACUUGAUGGAACUUUAACACCUGCCACCUCUUAUCGAACCCUUCGGAAAUCCAGAAACCCUUCAUCAUCAUCUUCCUCAGCCUCACAUUCAAGCACCUUGAAGCGCCAGAUUCAUGCUGCAGGUGAAGAAACAGAGACAACCUGUUCUUCCUCUCAAGCGACUCUCAGGAGGCCCAAGACCUCAGAGGGACGAGGAGGCCCUGAUGCAGAACACCGGCAGAUGCUACGAAAUCUGGUUCGACUGUCCAUGGCUGCGUUUGGGGAUUCCAUUGAACUGUCUUCGGCCUCACCAGAGGUUCAGCAGAUCUCCCAGCUCCUCUCUCUCCUCCACCAGGGUCAGCUGCAGCCAAAGCCCAACUUCCGCGGAAACAAAUAUUCUCAUCGCAACGGCAGAUACGGAGGUCAGGACUGUUCUGACUGGCAAAGCACCAAAGACAGUGGCCAUGGAGAGAGUGAGGCCGGAGAUGUAGACUGGGAACCCGGGAGAGACUCACCCAUCGACCCUCAGCUGGAGGAAGGACUCGCCCACCUGCUCAACAACCCAGAUGAAGUCUUCUCAGAGGUCAACGACCCCUCCUGGAUGGCCAGACUCUCCCUCCCUCUCUCUGGUGAUUACCACGACAACAUUUUUGUCCCCAAUGGGCCUCCAUCCACUGACACUGACCUGCUGCCACGGGAUGCCCUGGAUUCUACAUCAUCCUUCUCCACCUUUGGUAAGGUUCCAGAGAAGGACGGCCCACUGGGCGGUGCCCUGCUCUCUGAGGUCAGCACCCUGUUUGAGAUGCUCAUGACACAGAAGGCUGACGCUCACCCCGGUCCGCGACCUGACGUUUUGUACCGACUCUCUGCGGCGUACCGGCGCUCGCUGGGCCUGGACGGCACAACCACAGCUUCUGCAGCCAAUGCACCAAGGAACUCUGGGAACGAGAAGAGAACAGGCCUGGCUCCGCCUUCAGGACUUUACCAAUAAGUUUAACAUCCUUUUUUUGAACACUGGAAAGACUGAAUGAUGCAGCUCAGAUGAAGGCACGACACAAACGAUUGUGUCUGUUAUGAGGAGCAUGUUGGGAUUGCAGAGGCAUUAAGUGAUGAAAUAUGACUUCAGUGACUGCAAAUGUAAAUAAUGACACUAUAUAGUGAAGAAAAAAAUCUGAACUGCAGCAUGAAUGAUGACUAACAACACUAAUGUUCAAAAGGAGCAUUCCCAGCCAGUCACCAGAGAAGACACUGCCCUGUAGGUUUCUGCAAAUGGUGUAAACCACAUGUAAUCUCAACGUCAUAUGUCUUUGAAGGACCAUUUGCCGAUCCUCUACAUCCAAGAGGUCGAUGUGAUGGAUCGUCUUUAUCACAUAUUUGCAUAUUUUUACUGCAGCCUGAGUAUUUGUCUAGAGUCUCCUGUGUCUAAACAAUAACAUGACAAACAUUAACUAAAAAGAUUUCAAUACAAUAUCUGUGAAUAAUGGUUAAAAAGUGCAGGUAAAACACUAAAAUACUGUUAUACAUGUAUCUGGAAAUGUCUUUGUUUAACAACACUGCAAAAAUCAAAAUCUUACCAAGUGUAUUUUUCUCAUUUCUAGUCAAAAUAUCUCAUCACACUUAAAAUAAGACAUAAUCACCUA